CCUACCAUCGCCAUAAAUAAAAGAAGGGAGCCAAUGCGCAUGCGCGCUCUGCAGAGGACAUCGUUAUCCUCUUGCCCCCGUUCAAAUAAACCUCACAAAUAUUCAACGGUGGAUUUAUUCUUCACACAGCAUGCAGGUGAAGAUGUCCUUCCGUGUCCUGCUCACUGCCCUUUGUGCAUUUCCUCUUGCUAUGGGUUGGGUUGUACUGGGUGAAAGAGAAGAAGCCCAGAUGGUGUGUGCCGGGAGAGAAUUUCGUCUGCCGGUGUACUCAACAUCCAGAACAGUGACUUUUACACCAAACCUUGAGGGGCAGAGGCGGGUCCUGCUGGACAAAACCAUUGUAAAGGACCCGCGUUUUGAGUGGACUAGAGAUAAAAUGCUGGUCCUUAAAGAAGUCACUCAUGGUGAUCAGGGACUUUAUGCCAUUAAACUGUUCUCUGGAUUCACCUACGAGACUGUUCGUCUGACUGUUUCAGAGUGCAUAAAGUCCCACCACAGAAACUAUGGGGAUAAAUUUGAGCACAUCAUCCCUGAAAAUGGCUCUCUGCUGGAGUUUUCUCCUCGGGGUGCUCCACCUGAGGCAAUGCCAGUUGUGCUGUGGAACCGGACGGACCCUGAGACCAGCGAUGUGGGCCGGGGGCGGCUGCGGGGUGGGAAGGUCUGGGUGGCCGAAAGAGUGACGCAAGCGGACCAAGGCAACUACACUGUGAGAGACUGCAACGGGACGAUCCUGUCCCGCAGCACACUCACUGUCCACGGGCACUCCUUCAAUGUCACCCGCUUCACAAGGGAGUCUCUUAACCUGCCCCUGUUUCUUCCUGUCCCACAUGCCCACCUCAUUUUUACUCCCACACGCUACAAUGACAAAUCCCACUUCGGGCCUUUUGACCCCAAGCCCCCCCGUGGCCCUGUGCAGCUGAUCCGCGAGGGCCACAUAACGGACCACGACAUGCGCUACAGGGGCCUCAUCUCUCUGGGCAGGAACGGCACCAUUAAUGAGAUUGUUAUUGGGAGGUUGUCCUCAAGGCAUGAUGGGAUGUACGAAAUCAGAGAUGGGAAUGGCAACCUGGUAUCCUCCACCUGGUUGCAAGUGAUCGAAAAGGGAGGCAGAUGGCGAGCACUUCUCAAGACCAUUACGGUUCCUUCUGGCAUGUUUGUGUCAUUGGCUGGUUUCAUCCUGUUCAUGAGGCGAUACCCAAACUGCAGCCUGUCACACAUCAUCUCUGGCCUCAGAGCAAACCGCCCUCCACCAGCCAACCCUCCGAGGAUCAACAUCCAGGACUACAGCCACCCCAGCACACCGCCCUCAGGCUGCUACAGUCCCUCUCAGCAGCCUGAAACACCAAGAAAAUUGACCCCUAGAGCCAGUCCUACUCAUACUGGUUACAGUCCCGUUAUAGGAGCUGAGAACCAGGAAGCACACAGAUUGGCAGCUAGGAGCUCCCCUUGUCAUAAUUCAACUACUGAGCAGAACAUAGCUCACAACAAUGGGGAGGAGAGAAGGAUUUCCUUUUCAGUUCCCGGGUCUUCAGACUGCCUCCACUCCUCUGAAGACUGUGUUCAAUUCCAGAUCAAGAAAGAUGAAGAUAAAGAAAGGUGGAGCAAAUCACAAAGAUACUUUUCCACGCUGCCGCUAGACACGGACACCUCUGAAUCCUGCAGCGUGUACACGUCGGAGAAAUUGAACUUCUUAUAAAACGGAGAAUUGGAGCUGAAGGAAGAAGAGGAAACGUAAGGCAUGUAGACACUACAGUAAUGGAUUCUCGAGUGGAGGAAGCUGUUUUGGACAAGAAAGCCCUUACCUGUGCCUUUUUGCAUCUUUGCCUAGUUUUAACGGUUUGGUAUCAUGUUGCAUGUCAUUUUUUCGUGUAAUUUUCUGAAGCAUGAGUUGUAUAAGGCAAGGCAAGGAAAGUUUAUGUAUUUAAGCACAUUUUCACAACAAGGCAAUCCAAAGUGCGUUACAUAAAACAUUAAAAGGACAUUUAAAAGGACAUUUAAAAAAACAACUAAAACAGUUAGUAAUCAUUCCUGUCUCAAAUGACAUAUUGUUGACACUGUUGAUGUUGCUCCUGAAAUCUCCUGCUGUUACCUACCUCCAGACCCUCAGGACCAAUAUGAUCUGCACUGAAUUUGCUGAAUGUUGGUAUGAGUAUGUUUGUGAAAUGAUCGCUAGGGCUACAUAGAAAUGAGAGGUGUGAUACAAAGGUUUGCAAAUGGGAGUUAUUAAGUACUGUACAGUAAUAGAGAGUUAGUCGUUUUUUUCCAUCCAUCAUGUUAACCAUUCCUAACUGCAACAAUUAAUUCUCAUGUUAAAUGUCUGCUCUGCAGUUCAGUGAUUUUUUGCAAUGAUAUAGUGUAUUUACUAUUGAGAUUAUUGUAGUAAUAGCAUUGUGAACAUGUUCCACCAAAUAUUGCAAUAGCAUAUGAAUCUGGGACUUUUCUGUACAGGACAAUAUAAUAACACCAUACACCCUAAUAACCCUUGUGGUAUUUUUAGACUAUCAAAAUGUCAUCUCCUAAACAAUGAAAUAUACCUUCAACAUGCA